UCCGCUGGGAGAUAGGGACACGUGGUGGACGAAAACAGAAAAAGGCGUUGGCAAUCGUAUGUUCCACCCAACGCGACAAGAUUGGUAGCGAUAGGGCAAAAUAAUGGCGGGAGCUAUUCCGUCCUGUGUUUUCUGUGCGAUUGCCGCCAAAUCCACCUCUGACAAUACUCUUCUUCAUUCCGACGAUAAGGUGGUCGCAUUUCAGGACAUUAAUCCUUCCGCUUUCAGGCAUUACUUAGUAGUUCCUGUGGCGCACAUUCCUACUGUUAAAGAUCUUCAGAGAAAAACUGAUGACCAUUCUUUGGUGAAUCAUAUGUUAGAGGUGGGGAAAACGUUAUUACUAAGAGAUGCGCCUCAGUGCCAGCAGUACAGAUUUGGCUUUCAUCAGCCUCCGCUGAACACUGUUAACCACCUACACCUCCAUUGUUUAGCGCUACCUUAUACACCCAGAUGGCGAUCAAUAAAAUACUUAUCUUUUGGACCACUUGGCUUCAUUGAAGCGGAGAAGUUUCUGGAAAAGAUAAAGCCAUUGUCCACAUUUCAAUGAAAAGUAUAAGGCUCUGUUUGAUUUCCAGUUACUCCAAUGUUUAAUGCUUUCUGAUUAAAGAUCUAGGAGGGUCCAGAUUAUUUCACUUUCAAAUAGUUUGCAGUUAAAACAAUCAGAUUCUAGAUAACUUAAAAUUACUGCUUAUAUUUAUUAUGUGUCUUUCAUUUUUCCAGAAAGAUGCUAUAGAUAGAUUGGAUCUCAUUCAAACUUACCUGUGAUAGAUUUUCUGACAAGCAGAGUUUGUAACUAUCGUUUUGGAUCUGUUGAUCAUGAUGCCUGAUAUGAUGAUAUCUUGACCUUCUUAUAGUAA